UUCAGAGUUAAAGAGUUUUCGAAGUUUCGGCAGUUCUCGAUACAAACUACAAAAAGACACACGUGUUCCUCGAAAAGUUCGACAACGUUUUUCCCCCAAAAAACAAAAAACACCCUAAGAAAAGCAAUAAUUUUCCGAUAAGGCAAACGAAGGAUAAGAUUACAGGAUGUCGGAAGCUGGAGAAAACUCUGAUGAGGAGUAUUAUGCAGAGGAGUCAUUCGAGGAGGACUCGCAAUCAGAAGUGGAGGAGCAGGACCCUGAGGAAGAAGAGGAAGAGGUGGAGGAUGAGGAGGACGAUGAGGAGAAUAUUGAGCAGGAGGUUCCUGAUCAGAGCGUAGGUCGUCUGCUGGAGGAGAGCGACACGCAGAGCGAAAGUGAUGCGGAGGCCGAGUUCCUUCGCGGAAAUCCUCACGCCCGUCGUCAGUUGGCCGCCCGUUCAACUGGCGGCUUCAAUCGCAUGGCAUCCUACAUGAGCUCCUCGUCGGAGGACGAGAGCCAAAUGGUCGUCACCAAGACGGUGGCCGAGGUUAAUCAACUCAGUCUGCGACUGGACACGCCUCUGGACGACGAGACGCCCUCGGUGCGCACUCUGAUGCCAGGCAGUGCCCAUUCCCCGGCUAAGGACGAGAUCGAGGACGACGAAGAGGAUGAGGAUGCUGAAGUCGAGGAAGUCGAGGAGGAGGAGGAACUUCAAGAAAACGAAGACGGUGCCCAAAGCGAUGGCACCAUGGAGUCGAACGAUGGUCGCCAGUUCGCCGAAGGCAGCGAUGAGGAUGAAGACACAGAUGUGGAAGUGGAGCAACUGGAGGAGGAUGAGCCAUUGGUUACGGCAGUGCUCAAACAGACCGUGCAGGAGACCAUCCAGCUGCCCCAAGAGGAUAUUGUUUCGCUGGUGGAUGCCAGCGACAACAGCAGCGAGCACAGUGUAACCACCAUGGGCGUGCCAGGUGAUGAGACAGACAUGACCCUAGCGUACGACUCUCCUCGGUUCCAAAAGAAGCAGCCAGAAACCGAAACGGAAACCGAAACAGUGAUUGAGAGGACAGAAACCGAGGAGGAUCAAAUAGAGGAGCCAAUUAAAAGCCUCCAUGAGCUCGUAAAUGAUGACGAUACAUCGCUAAGCCAGAAAACUGAUAUGGCAAGAGUUCGAUACCUGGAGCAGCAGAUGACCCAGAUGUCGGAGAUGAUUAUGAAGUCCUUCCAGAUUAAUGGAGGAACGACCAACAGCCAAGCCUUCGAGCAGCUUGCCAUGGCCACGGAGCUUAUGCAACAGCGCAGGGACAGGCGAGAGGACACUGAAUCCGAGAUGCCAUCGAUGACGGAAUCAGCAAUGACCAGUGCCCGAAGCUUGGGAGGAGGAAGACCCCCGAUUAGGAUGCGUAUGCAACGCUCUCAGGAGGCAUUAAUCACGACUCGAUCCUCCAAGCUGAUCAGGCCCAAGUGCAGGUGUCCCUCGGAAUCAGAUCUGCUCCAACAGGAGAGGGAACUGGAGAUGGGUCAGGUAUUGGGGCAGAGUCUGAAUGCGAACACGGGUUUGGGCAUGGAAAUGGACGAAGGCUACCUCGUAGACGAGUGUGGGCAGGGUGAUGGCCUUAUGAGGCAUCCGCAACAGAGAAGACCGCAGGAGUUGAACAGGCGAGCAAACAGCGGUACUCCAAGCAGCUUCAACAGCGACGGAUGCGAAUAUCCUAUUAAUGUCUCUCGUUCCCGCUGCUCCAACGAUAAGAUUAACUACAAAAAUCUGGGGCGCAAGAGCUACAGUUUUACGAAUCCACAGCUGCGUGAGAUCGAGCGACAGAAUCAGAUCCUUCUUCGGAAAAUGAUGACUGUGAAGCCCACGGCCACAAUCAAAGCGAGCACCAGUAGUCUGAAGUUUAACGCCCCCGAAAAGCAACGACAGCAACAGCCGGCGCCGCGGCUCUCCAGCGCUGCCGUGAAUCGAAAGAAGUUUCAGCGCCAGAUUGAUCUGGACAACGAUCUCCUCAAGCGGAAACUAGAGGCAAUCGGCACCAGGCGCCCGCAAUUUAAGUGACGCCUCCAAGGGCAGCUCCAACUGUGUUCAUUAUGUGUUUAGAAAUGUUUAAUGCGAAUUUACAAAAUUAAAAUUUAUUGCAAGUUGAGAAGUGUA